UCACUGGCCAUUCGUUCACGAAGCAUGCAGAGCUCGAUGGCCCCGUCCCGUAUCAUGGCGCUGCUAGCAAUGCUCUUGGUCUCUCGCUUGUUCUUCUGCUCCCAAGCUUCCUCCGAUGGCUUCCUCGCGUGCCUCACGGCGUCCGUGCCCGAGCAGCUCCUCUUCACCCGGAGCUCGCCGUCGUUCGCGUCGGUCCUGGCGUCCUCCGUUCGGAACCGCAGGUUCCUCACGCAGGCGACGGUGCGGCCGAUCUGCAUUGUUACGGCGAUGAACGCCUCGCACGUCCAGGCCGCCGUCGUGUGCGGCCGCCGGCACGGCGUCCGCCUCCGUGUGCGCAGCGGCGGGCACGACUACGAGGGCCUCUCGUUCAGGUCUACGCGCCUCGAGACAUUCGCCGUGAUUGACCUCGCCGGCCUCCGCUCCGUGCGCGUCAGCCUUGGCAGCCCGCGGGAGGAAGCGCCAUCCACCGCGUGGGUGGACUCCGGCGCGACGCUCGGGGAGCUGUAUCAUGCUAUCGGGAAGGCGAGUGACCGGCUGGCGUUCCCAGCGGGCCUGUGCCCGACGGUGGGCGUCGGCGGACAUCUCAGCGGCGGCGGCUUCGGCAUGCUGCUGCGCAAGCAUGGCCUGGCCGCCGACCACGUCGUGGACGCCACGCUUGUUGACGCCGAGGGGAGGGUCCUGGACAGGGACGCCAUGGGCCAGGACGUCUUUUGGGCCAUCCGCGGCGGCGGCGGCGGCGGGAGCUUCGGGAUCGUGCUGUCGUGGCAGGUGAAGCUCGUGGCCGUGCCGCCGGCGGUCACCGCGUUCACGAUCCCCAAGUCCGUCGAGCAGGGCGCCGUGGACAUCCUCACCAAGUGGCAGGAGGUCGCGCCGGCUCUCCCUGACGACUUGUUCGUGAGGGUGCUCGUCCAACGACAGGUGGCCAAAUUCCAGGCCCUAUACCUAGGCACCUGCGACGCGCUCCUGCCGGUGAUGCGCCACCGCUUCCCAGAGCUCGGCGUGAAUCAUAAGCACUGCAAGGAAAUGACCUGGCUCCAGUCCGUGCCCUACGUCUACCUGGGCGGCGACGCCACCGUGGAGGACAUCUUGAACCGGACCGACCCCGUGGACACCACCUCCAGCAAGGCCACGUCCGACUACGUCCGACAUGCGAUCGCCAGCGACGUGUGGGAGGAAAUCUUCGCGACCUGGCUCGCGAGGCCGGACGCGGGGCUGAUGAUCCUGGACCCCUACGGCGGGAGCAUCGCCGGCGUGCCGGAGUCCGCGACACCAUUCUCACACCGCGCCGGCGUGCUGUAUAACGUGCAGUACAUGAACUUCUGGGGCGGCGGCGGCGGCGACGGCGCGGCGCAGAAGAGGUGGAUCAGGGACAUGUACGCGUUCAUGGAGCCGCACGUGAGCAAGAACCCGAGGGAGGCGUACGUGAACUACAGGGACCUUGACCUCGGGACGAACGUGGUCGUCGGCAACGUCACCAGCUACGAGGCCGGCAAGGUCUGGGGCGAGAAGUACUACAAGGAUAACUUCAGGAGGCUCGCCAUGGCCAAGCGUCAGAUAGACCCCGACGACUACUUCAGGAAUGAGCAGAGCAUCCCGCCGCUUGAUGCUGACGAGCAACCACUGAUCAUGAGGGACGUGGCGCCUAAGGGUUACGCUAAUCCUAUUUCGUCGAAUCGUUUUGACAUAUUUGGUUGUGUGGGUAUCUGUCUUGUGUAUGUUCGGCGAAAAUACCGUUUAAAAUCAUGAUUCGGCCGAUGACAACG